GCUCCUUCAACAACAACAGCUAUUCAGACACCUUCGUAGCUUUCUAGCAAACAUAGCAGCAACAUUCACGCUCUUUACACUGUUUUGGUGUAUAUUAGUCGCUGUGUAUGAAACACACUUCUGUUGUAUGUACUUGUUGGCCCAUUUAAUUAUAUAUUUACGUUGUUUGUCAGCUAGCUGGUUUGCUAAAUUAGCUUAGAACUAGUCUAGUCGCUAAUGCUAGCUAGCUAACAUCCCCGACCAUGAGUUCACUAAGCUACUCUCCUCCUGUUAAAGAAGAGGUGGUCUGCUGGACGGAGAAAGAAUCUCUUGUGAAAGAGGAGGAGGAAGAGGAGGCUGUUACAAUACAAAAACAAGUAGAGGGUGAGGCUUUUACCGUGAAAGAAGAAUAGAAAGACAUUUCAGUGAAAGAAGAGGAAGACGCGUUCAGAGUGAAAGAGGAGGAGGAUGUUACAGUAAAAGAAGAGGAGAAAGAGGAGGAUGCAGUUUUUGGAGUGAAAGAGGAGGAGGAGAAGAUGACUCUCACAUUGGAGGAAGAAGAGGAUGUUGGAGAUCUGUUAAACACCAGAGAGAGACGUGACUAUUAUGGAUCCUCUGGGGAGCCUCAACAACCUCAUGAUGCUGACAAGGCAGAGAAGAGUCUCUCCACAUUAGAACACCUCAAGAAACACCAGCAGAGAUCCAAAGGGAAGAGAACUCACUGCUGCUCUGAUUGUGGGAAGAGUUUCACCUCCUCAGGCAUUACAAUUCAUCAGAGAAUCCACACAGGAGAGAAACCUUUUAGCUGUACUCAAUGUGGGAAGAGUUUUACUCAGUCAACCAUCCUGAUAUCACACCAGAGAACACACACAGGUGUAAAACCCUAUAGCUGUGCUCAUUGUGGGAAGAGAUUCACCUCCUCAAAAGUCGUUAAUGUACAUCAGAAAAUCCAUACAGGAGAGAAACCUUUUAGCUGCUCUGACUGUGGAAAGAGUUUUCUACUCUCAGGACAAUUAAAAUCACACCAGAGAACACACACAGGAGAGAGAACCUGUAGCUGUGAUGAAUGUGGGAAGAGUUACACUACAUUUAACAAUCUGAUGGUACACCAGAGAACACACACAGGAGAGAAAUCUUAUUGCUGCGGUCAAUGUGGGAAGAGUUUUACUCAGCCACAUACCCUGAUAUCACACCAGAGAACACACACAGGAGAGAAACCUCAUAGCUGUGCUCAAUGUGGGAAGCAUUUUACUCAGUCAAGCCACUUGAUAGCACACCAGAGAACACACAUAGGAGAGAAACCUCAUAGCUGUGCUCAAUGUGGGAAGAGUUUUACUACAUCUUGCCAGCUAACUACUCACCAGAGAACACACACAGGAAAUAAUCCUUAUAGCUGUACUCAAUGUGGGAAGAGUUUUACUCAGUCAAGCCACCUGAUAUCACACCAGAGAACACAUACAGGAGAGAAACCUUAUGGCUGUGAUAAAUGUGACAAGAGAUACUCUGAUAAAAGAUAUCUGAUUAAACAUCAGAAAAUACAUGCAUGAAGGAGUUUUUUCAUUAUAUCAAACAUUGUAGAAGGAGUAUUUGUUUGCUGAUUGUCUCAAGGGUGGGCAGUCAAACAGUUUUGUGUUUUACUUUUAGCCAGUGCAUCACAAUUUAUUUUGACUGCACGUUUUUCCGUAUUGGAGAUGAGUUUUGUUUGGGCUCGUUCCAAAGGGACGCUAUUGAGUUUUAGGACGACUAGAGUUCUAGAAGCUAGUGAGUUUUAGGAAGACGAGAGUUCUAGAAGCUAGUGAGUUUUAGGAAGAUGAGAGUUCUAGUAGCUAGUGGAGUUUUUUUACAAAAUGAGUUUUAGGAUUCUAUAGAAAGAAAAAGGUGAGAAAUAACACAAUUGUAUAUUAUAAUUUAGAAAUAAACGUUUUUUUUUCUUGUUUUUAAUUGUUGACAGCCAGUAGACACCAUGUUAAUAUUGUAGAAAGUGAAGCAUUGUAGUUGAUUAUAAUGUGAAAUGGAAGUUGUUUUCUGUUGGUGGUGAGCAAACUUGUCCAACAAAAAUAUAGAAUAUAUUUCUUGUUGUCUUAAAGGGGGAAGGUGUUACUGGCUUUGGUUUUUCCAUUUAUGUUUUGAGGUUGGACUUUAGCAUGUCUAGCUCGUAGGGCGCACUGAUUGGUGUCACCUCGUUAGUCAGUAUGUGUUACACCAGUUCUUUUGUUUGCCCAGUGCUCCAGUUGUCUUGAUAGAUGUGGAGAGUCAACACCUUUAGUUGAUCCACCUUUUUGGUUUGCUUCCUGUCUUUAAGUUUGAUGUGGGUUAUUAUUUUGUUCUCCUCUUGGGCAGAUUUAGUGGGUCUCAUGGUGGGUGUCUUUUAUGUCCCAGUUGUUGUUACUAGUCAACUUUCAGGGGACACUGAGAGCAAAAAUUGCAAGAUUAUGUUAUAAUACUUUUAUUGCAUCAAGUGGUUGUUUUAUGCAACAGAAUAGAGGGUUCUUAUAACUAUUGUGUCUGUGUGUUCUACUGAGGAUGGUCCUGAAAACACUGACAGGAGAUUUACAAUGUCUUUUGGGUGAUGAUAUCUAAAGAGACUGCAUUCCAGAGCAUGAGAUAGUGUUUCUUUCUAUAUGGUACCAGGGAGAGAUGACCUCAGGGCCAGACCCUGGUCUCUACACAAAGAGUACUGUUUUUACAGCAGAUACUGUCUGCUGUGAAUUAUAAGUAUCUUUCAUACAAAUCUUAAUCUUGUGACCCGUUCUAUACAUCUGUUGUUCGUCAUGUAGAUUGAAAGGGGUGUAUCUUGGCUGUAAAAGACCUUUGUACUUUUGUCUCGUGGCUCUCAACGAAUCAUCUGGGGGUGAUUCGUCGACCAGCCAUCAUUAUCGUAGAGCACUCAAUUGAUUCACUUUUAUAUGUGUAUGUUGUAUUGCCUGCUCCCUUAAGUGAAUAAAGAUUUAGUUUAA